AUCGAGCACUUUGUUGCCCUGGACGACGAGCUCUGCAACCAUGGACCACCCCAACGAGCUUGUGCCGGAGGUCACUCUGUCGGACCUCCAGCGGGACCAUUUUCUCAUUGAUGAGAGUCUUCGGAACCCCUCGGAAGACCUUGCGCCCGCAGUCAAGCAAAUCGAAGACAUGAUCCGAUUCUUUCAAAGCGGCAAGGCGACAGCAGAGCAAUGGGACUUUUAUUUGCGAGACUCGCUGCCUCCAAUUAUCAUCCACCUGGCCAAACGAAUCGACAAUUUUCACGAGCCCUACCAGCGGCGUAUCAACGACAUUUUCCAGCAUGCCAUUACGCUGACUGUGCGACACAUGGAGGACGACUACUUUGACUUGCUGGAUGCUGGAACACGCUUGUUGCAUAACGUGAACAAGAAUGUCUUGUUCUACAAUCUUGGAGCGCAGCCCCGGCCAUCCCUCCUCGAGCGGGCCGAUGAGGAAGCCGAGAUGCAGCAUGUUUUGAUUGUGCGCUCGCGCUUGCGUUCCAAGUGGCUGGUUGCCAAUCUGGAACACUUCCAGGCGCUCAAUGGGUUUGACGCGCUUGUUCGGCGUCUGAACUCUCCUCAACGUGUUCCACUUGCGAUUCACAAAGUCGCGAUUCGGAUGUUGUCACGGAAUGUUGCAGCGUUAACGACGCGCUUCAUCCACGAGUAUGGCCAGACCAUCUACAACGCUGUCUUCCUCCGGAUUUCGAAUCUUUCCGACGACGACAUCCGCAACGAAAGCAAGGACACAGUCGACCAGUGUCUCGCAAGCUUAACGGUGACGAAAGCCAAACUGUCACCCACACCCAGCGAUGCCAUGGAGGCCGACAUGCUGACUCUGUCCAUUGCCUUCAAGUACUUCCGAUCGCCUUACCUGGAAAAGCGUGUUCUCGGGCUCACGAGUCUCAAGGAGUUUGCGUCGCGACAGCUGGAGGCUCAAGCCCGUGCUGCAGCCGUGACGGGCAUGCAAGGAGUCGACUCGCCUGCCAUGACCGUCGCCGAGGUUGCUGCGUGGCUGGCCGAGCACCAGGUCAUUGAAACACUGUUUGGACAAAACAUGCAUGUCGAGCUUGUGCGACGCUCUGCCGAGCUCAUCCGUUUCAUGGCCGCUCGAAACACUGUCACUUCCGAGCACAUUGAUCUCAUCUGGAAUGCGUCCAAGGGCAAGCACGAGACCAUUGUCCACGCCGUCUACCAGAUUCUCAUGGAAAUCGCUGGCACCCUUCCACACGACGUGAUUAGCCGUCUUUUUGAGGUCAUCAACUUGCUCCCCUUGGCCGACUUUGACCUUCAAACGGUUGACCUGGUCGCCAAGAUUUCCAUUGCGGCUCUGGAUGCGCAGAGUCGGCGCCGCGAUUCGACGAGCCCAACUUCUUCGUUUGGCAUUGAUUUGCUCUUCCAGCUCGUCGACUCGAGCUCGGCGCCGCCUUCGGCCAAGAUUCCGUCGCCUUUGAGUGGCCCGUCUCUCACAACCCUGUCCUCGGACCCGGCCAGCAGCACCUCCACGCUUAGUGUCGCGGGACAGGUCGCGGGACAAGUCGCGGGACAGGUUCCGGCCAACGGGACCAACCUUUCGUCGUCGUCCAUGCCGAUGGUCACUGGCCGCAACAACCUUGUCGAACGGGCAGUGCUCCAACGCUGCAUUGAGCAGCUUGGCACCCUUUUUGCUCUGCCGUCAUGCAAGGUAUUGCGCCUGCCCUUCCUUCGGCGAUGUGUCGCCAACCUUCAAUCUGGCCGAAACAUUCCGACCACGCUGCGUGUCCUUCAGAAAGUUUUGGCGUCGUUUCAACCUACUGGGGUCGCGUUGACCAACCCUCUCGAUGCCGCCAAAAAGCUCGGUUCUGCAGCGGUUGCUUACCCGCCAGUUGCCACGGUUGCGCUCGCAGAGUCGUCGCCGUUGGCGGUUUCUGAUCACAAUCCUCCCGCGUCUUGUCACGAAGCGCUUGCGUGGUGUGCCGAACGGCACGUGGAUAUCGUCAAUCUCGUAGUCGAAGAGUGCGAGCGCUACAAGCUGCUGGCCGAGCAGUCUGCGCUCAGGCUCGGCCUGAUUGGGCCCGUUCCCUUUGCUGCCCCGUCCACUGGCGACUCUCGUUUCCUGGACGACGGCCUCCCUCACAACGAGCACGUGGCCGCUCGCCUCGAGUUUCUCGCCUUUGUGUUUGCCAUCGUUCGGUCCACUCCGUCUCAGCAUCUCACUCAAGCGCAGCUCUCCGUCCUCUGGGACGCGUUUGUUCGUCGUGCCAUCUGCUCCUCCGAACAGGAUCAGAUGUUUGAGUGGAUGCAGCAGCAAUGCUCGUCGUCCACAUCGCGCGCCGUGGCGUCGACCGACCUGCCGUUUUGCUUUGAGAAACUGGUCGCCACCCUCGAUUUUGCCAACCUCUCGCCCCCAGGCUUUGCCUUCAUCCGUGCCGUCUUCCAGUUGCUCAAUGUGCAGGCUGGCAAGCUCAGCUUGCGCCCCGUCGAUCGCACCUUGGUCGUCCUGAACUUUAAUCUGCAACACCUCGAUCUGAUCUGGCGAAUGGUGCUCACUGCGCGCGACCCGCAGGUUGGCAAGGACAGCAUUGCCUUCUUGAUUGAGCUGACCCUCAGCUUUGCAUCCACCAUUUCUCCAGCCGAUGUAGCCCAGCAGUUUGAGACGUUGAUCGAAACCGCCAUGACUCGGCUGGUGGAUGCCGCCACUGUGCUGCUCGACGACGAUACCAGCAGCAAGCAGUCGCAGUCGCAGUCACACCGGGGCAUUGUUGCUCCCGCCCAAAUCUCGAGCGAGGCCACUUUGAGUGUUGAGCGACUCCUGACUCUUCUGGCCGGCUUUUUGGAUGCCUUUUACACGAAAAAUCUCGGCCGAGUCAGGUUGUCGGGUCUGGUCACCCACGGAUCACGCCAGCGAGGCAAGCCCAUCACUCUUCGGCUGGCCAUCGAUGUCGCACCGGUGGUGGAGAUUUCGACGCACUCCAACCAAACACUUGACGAUCUCAAAGCCCAGAUAGCGCCACUUUUCGUGCAGCACUGCGAGGCUUUGGCGGCCAAGGCGACCACGUCGGUCUAUCACACUGCCACCUCCGUGCCAGGACUGUUUCUUCCGAGCGGCGAGCGUCCGUUCAGGCUAGUGGCCAAUGGACGCGAGCUCACCGCGAAUUGUGAUCGUCAAAGCUUGGAGGAACUGCGCCUUGUCGACGGCGUUCGGGUGCAAGUGACGCGCCGCUUUGUGCCACCCCCAGCCCCUAGCUUUGCCGGUCCCAUUGGCACCGCUGCUAUCGCACCUGCUCCGCUCGCCGAGCCCCUGAUUGCCUCGUCGUAUCCCAUGCACAUCCUGUCCCGCAAGCGUCACUUUGAGCGACUGUUCGACCUUUUGCGACUGCCGGCGUUCGCGCCCGCUGUUUGGAAGCUCAUUCUUUUGCUCCCGACCAAUCCCUACCUGCUCGACACUGUCCAGCAUCUGCGCGUUGUUUCGCCAAGCUCCAGCCCAGCGCUCGCCGCCGCGCCUCUGUCACCCCAAGCUGGCAGCCGAGGCUCUGAGGUGAGCCAGCGUGAAGUGGAGGACAUGGUGAUUGUUGAACACGCGUCCGCCCAAGGCUCCAGCUCGAUCAAGGAUGAGGGUGUGGCUACUCGUACGCCUCCUCAGGACAUGACAAACACUCAAACGCCCUCCGCCGUGGUGUCGCCUGCUGCCCAACUCACUUCUGCGUCGGCCGAGGUUGAUUGGACUGCUCUCCUUGACGAUCGCUCGCCCUACAAACUCAUGUACACGCUGCAAAUUAUCGACUCGUUGCUGGCGCCGGCGGAUACGUCGGCUGCUGCCGUUGCUGCUUGCGAUGCAUGGACGCAAACGUUCAUUGCGAGCAGCGGCCUGCGUCACUUGUUCCGGGUGCUCCUGUCGAGCGUCUUGUUGCCCGACCACCCGAUUGCUUGUGCAAGCGCCGACCAGACUCCUCGAGCCGCUUGCCUCGCACUGCUGCUCAAGAUUAUCAAUGCGUUUACCUUGGACUCUGCGGCUCUUGCGGCGCUUCAACAGCAUGCUCUCCAGCAACAGUCUGGCUUGCACGGCACCGACGGUUCGCCGGCCCUUGCCUCGGCCGAGUCACCCUCUGUCGAAGACGGCUUGGGCAUUGGCAGCCUGUACGAUGACCCGACGUUGCCCACGGUCCCGACACAGCCUUCGUCCUCUGUCGCCCCGCCGCGAGUCUCGCCCGUUGCGGCGUCGUCGGCCAAGGCGCCAACCGCGCUGCCGCUCCGUCCGGUCGCACUCCAGUCGUUCGAUCCCACCAUGGUGGUUGACCGCCUGCUUCGCGUGCUUGAUUGGGCUGCAACUCGCAGUGCUGCAGGCACGUCCAGCCCUGCAGCAACAAUGGCAGGCGGCUCUGCUGGCGGCAUGUCAGCAGAUGCCAUUCUCGCGGUGGUGGAUGACGUACAGCCAAUGUCAGGACUUGUUUACGGCCCGCAGCUCCCUCCCACCGGUAUGAUUGCGCGCACUUCGUCGCCCGACCCUGCCCAUGCGGGUGUUGGAGCAGCGACUACAGCUCCUCCUUUGCCACCGCUGCCGCCUUCCGUAGCAUUGGCGUCAGCAAGCGAGCAGCCAUCGAGCAAUGCUGAAACUGAUGUUCUUCGUCAUGCCUUCUCGCUGCUGUUGGCGUACGUGGUGAGCGAUGUUCAGGUGCUCUUGCAUCUCAGCAACUCGCCGUUGCUGCGGUCGUGGCUCGACGCCAUUUUGCUCUGCUCCCCUCAUCGGGUUGCCCGCCAAGAGUGCGCACAGCUCAUCCUUACGGCAUGCUCGUUUGUGUCUCCCACCACUGCCAACUGCAACGUCAACGUCGGGUCUCCCGACACGACUGCAGCGACGGACGGCGGCCGCGUCGCCGCAUCAAGCGCUGCUCACAAGCAGGCGUCGGCGGGCUUUUUGCGAGUCUUGUUUGGGUUUCUCCCCGAGAUUCGUUCCGAUUUGCCCACUUGUCAAGACUACUUUGUUUUGCUCGACGGACUGGUUGCACAGUUUGCCGUGGUCGCACGAGAGGCAAAUGCACUGGCUGCACCUGCCCCGAGCAUCUCGUCGCUGGACAGUGCCAUCAAUGUCCCCGAGGUCAUUGGACUGCUUGUUGAGAAGAUUCUGGUCCACCCCACUCUCGAAACUGGUGCGGAGGCCGCCGAAGACAAUGUCUUGAUUGGUUUAUUGCGAAUUACCACGACGCUGUUGCGCGUGCAUUCUGCCGUCAAGCCAACGCUCGGCAGGCUGUUGGACUAUCUCUUCCAUCAGUGCUUGUUUGACAUUCCAACCAAGGAGACUGCCCAUCUCGGCAUGCGGCCGCCCGUGUGCAAAACCAGCAUCAGUCGAAGCGCUGCUUUUGAUUUGAUUGUGGAGCUGUGUCGCGGCGUACCAAGCCACUUCUUCUCGGUGCUGACGUUGGUUCGCGAGCAAAACCAAUCUGGCAAGCGUCCGGCCAGCAGCUGGAACUACGCACCAACUGCUUCUCACAAGGCACCUUGUGGCUACGUUGGCCUGCGCAAUCUGGGAGCCACCUGCUACAUGAACUCGAUCAUGCAGCAGUUUUUCAUGAUUCCGUCCUUCCGUCGCAAUGUUCUGGCCAUCGACGCGUCUGCCGAAACGGAUCCCGCCGACAGCAUGCUGUAUCAACUCCAGUGCAUCUUUUCAAACUUGCAAGAAAGCGAAAAGCGCACCUUCGACACCCGACCAUUCACGCUGACCUUCAAGGAUUACGACGGGCAGCCAAUGAACGUUGCCAUGCAGAUGGACGUUGAUGAGUUCUUUACCACCUUGUUUGAUCGCCUGGAAACGCGCCUCAAGGGCUCCCCGCACGAGACCAUCUUCAAGCAGACCUUUGGCGGACAGCUCAUUCAGCAAAUCAUUUCGCAGGACUGCGAGCAUGUCUCGAGCCGUGUUGAAGACUGUUUCGCACUGCAAUGCGAGGUCAAGAACAAGAAGAGCAUUCUCGAGUCGCUGGCGUUGUACGUCGAAGGCGAGAUGCUCGACGGCGACAACAAGUACUUUUGCGCCACCUGCUCGCGUCACGUCACUGCCAAAAAGCGUGCCUGCGUCUUCUCCUUGCCCCAGACGCUCAUCGUCCAUCUGAAGCGCUUUGAGUUUGACAUGGAAACCUUGCGUCGCUACAAGAUCAACGAUUACUGUGAGUUUCCGCACGAGUUGGACAUGGAGCCGUACACGCUGGCUGGACUGACUCGUUUGGAGCGCGAGUCCUCGACGACGAUGGAGGAGGGAACGACUGGAACGGCGCCAGACCCGAGUCUGCCCACCAGCGCCGCCGCCGCCGACCCCCAGCAGGCACAGCAGCAGUCCAACCCUGGCGAUUGCCACUACCGCCUAUCGGGCAUUCUCGUUCACACUGGCACAGCGGACAGCGGCCAUUACUACUCUUACAUUAAGGAGCGCGCCACACCGUCUGACUCGACGCAACCCCGAUGGAUUUGGUUUAACGAUUCGACGGUCGAGACCUUUGACCCUGCGCUCAUCCCGAGCCAAACCUUUGGUGGCAUGGAGACUGCCUCAACCACGACUACCGAUUCGAUCUACAAGGACAGCAAGAAGCCCCAGGCCAAACCCUACAGCGCAUACAUGCUGUUCUACGAGCGCACCUCCACUCUGCCUGCCGCUGCGGCUGCUUCUGUCACACCCGCUUCUGCUGCGUCACAAACAGAGACUGCCUCUGCGACAGCCGACGCCAGGGCCGCAGCAACAGGCGAGGUGCAGCCGUCCGAGACUGCCCGUGCCUUCCCGUCUCGCGCGGCUGGAUCCUCUGGAGCACCCGCCAGCAGCAUUGUUCCCGUGCCCGUGGACAUUUAUGAGAGCAUCUGGAAGGAUAAUACUCACUUCUGGCGCGACACGUACCUGUUUGAUGAGCAGUACUUUAUUUUCGUGUGGAAUCUCUGCCAAGUCUCGUUGUCAGUAUUGCACAACAACAACAGCAACACCAGCAACAACAGCAAUGACACCAACGGCCUUCCAUCCCAUCUGGCGACGACGCCGACGAGUGGGCCAUUGAAUGGCGCGAAUGAUGGGUCGUGGUUGGCUGCGUCGCUGUCCGUUGCCAAUGCUGACGGCGCUCCGCCUCUGCUGCAGACCGCGCAAAGCGCGUGCAUCUUUUGCUUCCAGACUCUUGUGCACUCCAAGAUCAAAAGCACCUUCCCGAGUUGGAUUCAGUACAUCAAGUCGUUGUUUUCAGCCGAGCCGAAUGCUGCUCAUUGGUUUUUGCAGGUGCUUGCCAACCCGACCGAGUUCCACUGGUUGCGCAAGAUGCUCCUUCAGUGCACCGUUGCUGCGCAGCGCGCCGAGUUUGUGUCGCUUGUCAUGCACGCCUUCCAUCUGAUCCGCCCUCUGGAAUCGCUCAGCUACUCGUCGCCAGAGUUCCUUGCGGGUUUGCGCGAGCAUGCCGCGCGGUGCCGCACCGUCAUUUCUCUGAACGCCAUCGACCCGACGAAUGUGACGCCCCUUCCUCAGCUGUCGACAAACUCGCUUCUCGUCAGCAUUGUGAAUGCUGCGCUGGGAAUGCUGACGAUGGCAAGCCACCACGCGCGCCACUUUGAGCAGUACUUUGCCUUCUUUGCCGAGUUUGCUCGACUGGGGCGCUCCGAGCAGCUCGUGCUGGCCAAUCUUGGCGUCGUCCAUCAGUUUAUCGAGUUUUACAUGGGCGAAGAGUCGUCGUACUGGACCAAGUCUCAUCCCAAUCCCUACGCCAACAUGGGCGACAAGCGCGAUCUUGCUUUGGCCAAUUUGGUGCGAACCAUCGACCUCGUUGUGCGCGGCGUUGUCGUUGCAGGCGGGCCUGUCGAAAUUGGCGAUUACGACGACGACGACGACAACGACGACGACCAGAGCUCGGACGAAGACAACGACAGUGAUGCAAUGCCCAUGGCCAUGGAAGUGCAGCACGAGCCGUCUCCGACCCGCAAGAUUGUGACGGAUGCCGAGGCAGUAGCAGGAGGCUCCGGAUUGGCCAUUUCGAGCAGAAGAGACGGGCUGGCGCCCUCCUUGUCAUUGACACAACAGCUGUCUCCCCUGGACUUGAAGCAUCUGGUGGGCGGCGGCAUUCACGGCCACUGCGCCUUCAUUCUGAACGUUCUUGGCCGGAAUAUCGAUCUCCAAGCGACCCUGUCCAUCAUUGAGGUCUUGGCGUUCGACAAUGGUGCCGUUUCAAAGAUUUUCGUGCCAGCCCUGAUGGCAUUUUUGCAGGAUGGAGACGAUGAUCAUGUUGUGGAGCUGGCCUUUGCCAAGUGCCUGUCUACCCUGCUUGCGAUUCGCGACGCGUUCACAGCAACACGCGCUGACUUGCUGCAGUCACAUUUCCUGCAGCUCAUCCAGACAACCAUGCAAACUCCGAACGGCGUUCGCACAGCUGGCGUCUAUCUCGAGCUUCUCCUUCCGCCAACUGUUCAGUUCAAGGAGUUCCGCGAGAUGCUCUUCCUCGGUUGCCAAGGCUGGAUCAAGCUGUGGUUGGUCCAUAGUUCCCCGCACAUUCGCAAGCCGACGGAAACCUUGAUCUACGCAAUGCUUCCGGACAUUUGGCAGGUGUAUUGCGCCCGGGACGCUCGCCCCUUGCCGACAUUUGAAACUUACGGCGACGUGCAAGUCACACCGCUCCAUGUUGUGCCCAACCUUGUUCAACGAGUUCAACAAGUGGACGACGCGUCUUCCAACCCGCCCGGAUUAGCAACUCGCGACGCUGGAGACGCUGCAUUGUCUGCACUCUCAGUCUCACUUCACAGUGGUCCGUACGAGCAGAUCAUUCGAGAAUUCGCCGUUGAGCAGUGUCCGGCUGUCGCUUUUGAGGUCGAGGUCAACGCGCGCUUUGUCUUCCAAAAGCUGCUGGAAUUGCUUCCAAUCAUUCCCCCCUUUUUCGCCAAAGAGGGCCCGAUUGCUGCCAAGACUCGCUUUGUGCCCUAUGCGCGGGUCCUGACUCGUUUGAUGCUGUCAUCGUUCAAUCAGCUCUUGUUCCUUGGUCACCUGGAACAGUUCUUGGCGGUUCAAGAUUCGAUCAUGUCCUGCCGUGUGGAAACGGACGACAACAAGUCUGCCUUCUUUGCGCUCUGGGUGCGCGCGGUGCAGCACUUCCCGCCAGCGAUGGCUCGCUUUGCUGCAUCGCCACGCGUACGAACGCUUCUGUUCCACAACUUGGUCACCGUUGGACCUGCAUUCACGACGUGGAACUCGAUGCACGUCUACUCGUUCUACCACCUUCUUGUGAUGCUAUGCACGCAUUCGGCGGACUUUUUGAACGCCUGGACUGAGCAUGGCAACUUCACCUGGAUUCUUUCCAUGAUGGCUUCGAACGACUUGAUGUCGUUGGCGGAGCCGAUCCUGGAGUUGCAGGCCUUGGCCAUUCGAGCAAGUCCCCAUUUCCGACUCGCGCGGCUGCAAGCCCAAACGGCGCCCCUCGAUCUCAAGACGCAGCACACGCGCUUUAUGAACGUGACGUAUGCACAGUCUCUCGGUAACUUGCUCCAGGGCGCUGCUGACCUGCCAUACCUCGCACGCAACGAUGUCUUUGGGGGUGUCUUGCGGCGUAUCGCAGACUCAUUCGAGUUGAAGCGCACUGGUGGAAAUGACCUCUACCACGCCGAGCCCUUCAUCAACGGCCUCUGCCCGGCCCUCGUCGAUAUCAUUCAUUUUGCCCUGAAGGAGUCGUUCGUCUUUCUCGCCAUGGCUGCGCAAGAGACCAGCCCGCCCCGUGAGACGUCGGGCGCAGGCGCGCAAGAAGUCGACGACGAGUCUGGUCGCAUCCUUCCCGCAGUCAAUGUCAUUCUUCGAUCAUGGAGCGCGGUUCGCGACACAGUCCUCCGCAACUUGUCUCUUUUGCUGAAUACGCACGUGUCUCACACGACGAGACAGGCUGUCAUUCGGCUCUUUUCUGUCGUGGUGCGAGAAGAUCUCGCAUCCGCCCAGCUGGUGGUACCGUUGGCAAUUUCUUCUCACCAUACCUAUAUGCAGGCGGAUGCAACGCGCAAGGUGGAUCAGCUCGGGCAACUGGAUGGCGCGUUCUUCCCUCGCCUUCGGCCUGUGCCAAUCCCGAGCAUGGCGUUGCUUCAGAUGCAAAUGCACGCACGCGCCAGUCUACUGGAGCUUCCUCGCGCACACAACUCGGUGUAUGAUGCUGCCGUCGACCGCGUUUUCGUGCCAUACUACUCGAUGCUGCUGUCCGCGGUCGAGACGUUGAUUGCUUCUCGCGCAUCCUACGAUUCUCAGAAAUCGGCUGUCUAUAGUGCUCAAUGCGGGAUCUUGGUCUCGCUCUUGCUCUGGGAAACGUCAGAUAUUGCGUUCACUCCGCCCGCGGAGCUCGUCCUUCAAAUCUUCCGAGACAAAACCGAUCCGUAUCUUGCCGCGCUGCAAUCGGAGAUUUUGCAUCAGCCCUCGACUCGUUCCUUUGUUCUACAGCUCUUGGUGCAGCCCUCUCAGGCUUUGGCGAUCGAUCCCGUCUUUUCUGAAGCCGCGCAGUGCAUUCUGCCCAAGCUUGGUUCUCUCGCCCCUCAAUCGACGGAACAAAUCAUUCGUGACUGCAACCAGGACAUUCAAGAGCUCAUUGCCGAGCUGAUGCAGGACGACUUGGCUGCCCCAUCCAUUCUUGUCACCCGGUUGCGGGACCUCGUGGGAUGCGUUCGACGUUUGACCAUCCUUAUGGCUUCAAGUGUCUUCCGUGAGGCUUACUCCCAGUACUGUGGUCCACCCAACUCGUUGUACGAGCAUUUACAUGGCAUUCUUGGAGCCGAACACGCGGCCGAGCAGUUUGGUCUGAACGACAGUGAUGACGCCUCUGCACGCGGGGUCUUUGAGACGCUUCAAAACAGCCUGGCCACGCUGCAUGCCUGCCUGCAAGCCGAGCCGGAAGCCCCGCUGGUGUCUCCCGUCGAGCCAAGUCUUGCCGAUGCAGCAGCUCAAUUCUCGAACUCGGGAGGCGACUCUCAAUCGGCCGAGCACAGGCCCGAGCCGUCGCUUGUUGUCAGCGUUCCCGACGACGCCACUCAACCAGACGAGGAGUACCCUUCCAAUGAAGCCAUGCAACUCGACUAGCUGUCAUGACUGUCUUUGAGCUUUUCGGCCAUGACUAUUUCGUUCUUGUUCAACGCGUUUCUUGUUGUUCGACGCGUUUUUGUUGCUUGUUCUACUGUUUUUUGUUUGAUCGUGUAUCCGUAUCUCUGUUUUAUUCUUCAUCAAAUAUCAUUUGUCUCUUUGCUUU